AUGUUUAAAUUAUUAAAUAUAAAUGCUUUAUUUAAAAAUAAACUAGAUCAACUCACGAAAAUAUUCCUCUCAAUGGCUCUGUGUCGUUUCGCUUGGUACAAACUACCAUUUUUCGCCGUUAUACACGCAUUAUUCUGGCUGCCAACCACGUAUCUGAUCGCGAUUUCCAAUGACCAUAUUUCACCAGUCGUACCAUAUGUAAGCGCACUUGGUAUCUAUCCACCGGAAAAAUACAUGUUCAUGGUUCUAAUGUCAAGUUAUGGAAUAAUGGCUACUUUGAGUCAAUGGAUUUGGUGUUGGAAAGCUGGAGAUCAAAUAAGAAAAAUGAGAAGAUCCAUAAUACUUCAUUUUCUACGUGUAGUUGUUGCGGUAUUUAUGACGAUAGCUGGGAUGUGUAUAGUCGGACUUUCUUUUAUUAACACAAAAGAAAACAACGCUGAACAUUAUCAUUUGACUUUAUUGAAUUUUAUUUGUCAUGUUAUUGCAAUUCCUUGUGGAGCAGUUGUAAUCGCCUGUAUUUCAAACAAAUGGAUAUUAUAUUGUUUUGGCAGACUAUUUGUUGUUAUUCAAAUGGUACUGGCAUCUGCUUCAUUUGUACAUUUCAAUAUGAUUGGACUUAAAGUUUUAAAAGCGAAAGAUUUCUUCUAUAUCAAACCUUAUGAAUCGGGUUAUAUUGAAUUUGUAUGGAGUGCAGUAAGCGAAUGGUGCGUUGUUUUGGGUUGUGCAGAAUUAACAUUUAUUAUAGCUUUGGAACUUCGAGAUUUUCAAAAAUCGGUUAUGAAUUUACAAAGAAGUUCGAAUUUAGAUGUGUAG